AAAAUAUUAAAUAAAACGAAGACCCAAUCUCAUGUGAAGAAAUCUUUACCCCCUAUUUUAGAGCAAAAUUGGAAAUCAGAAGUUAUUUCCGCGAACAUCAUGGUCUUCAAUCAACAUGCCGUAGUUCGAUGAUGUCGUAAAUGUCACAACAGAGGCAUGGCGGGUUUAAUAUGUAAACUCUCAGGAUGUUUGCAAGGCCUUUUACUGAAAGAAACAACUUGUUAUAGCAGAAUCCUGGUUAAUCAUGAACAAAAACGAUACAGAAAAAGAACCAGGAAGCCUGCUCCAUGGUUUGUGACAAGAAAAAGUGCAAAACGGACCCAUGGAAUUACAAAUGAAAACUUGGCAGACUUGCAGGAACAGAUAUGGGAGGAUGCACUCAACACAACAAAUUCUCCUAUCAGAGAGGAAUUCCUAGAAAAUAAGGGUCUGACAGAUAAUAUAAUUGCUAGUCGAUUUCAAACUGCAGGAGAAAGUUUCCAGUGGAAGUACGAUACGAGACGAACCGGAGUUUUGGCAAUUAAACUUGGAAUAAUACCUCAGUGGGACAAGGAAGGCAAAAAAGUCAUCUGUACCGUUUUACAAGUAAUAGAUAACCAUGUGAUCAGAUACACGCCUCCAGAGGAAUACCAACAAACUCAAGGAUUCCACCCAUGGUUUUCUAAGAAUGUGGGAUCUCUGGUGGUCGGUGCUCUCUCAUGUAGCCCUUUGCUGUUCACCAGACAGUACAAUCACUUGUUCCUAGAAGCCGGUGUUGCUCCUAAGAGAAAGUUAACAAGGUUUUUGGUAUCUCCAGAAUGCAAACUUGCUCCAGGUACAAGACUAAGAGCUGACCAUUUUAGAGUGGAUGAUUAUGUGGACUGCAACGCAAAAACAAUUGGGCAUGCAUUUCAAGGUGUAGUAAGGAGGUGGGGAUUCAAGGGCCAGAGUUCAUCUCAUCGAGGUGGGAAAAAUUGGCGGAAGGGAGGAGCAACGGGUGGAGGAAGGUCACAAGCAGGAGUGAGACCUGGUAAGAAAAUGCCUGGACACAUGGGAAUGGAUUGGAACACACAGAAAGGACUAAAGAUUGUGAGGAUGGACACAAAAUAUGAUGUAAUUUAUGUGAAGGGGAUAGUACCUGGCCCCGACCACUGUUAUGUAAGAGUGAUGGACACAUCGUUAAGAAACAAGAGGAGGGAAAUGAUGCAAAACCCUCCCAUCUGCCCCACCAGGUUUGAGGAAUCUGCUAGAGACUUGCCUAGUGAAAUUAUAUCCAAGGACCUCUACGACUUCAGAGACCCCUCUAUUACAUUUGCUAUAGAAUAGACUCAGCUGAAGACUUAUCAAGUGGAAUUAUAUUUCAGGACUUCUGUGGUUUUAGAGAUUUCUCUUCAAUUACAAUCAUUACCAAAUAAAUUUUGAUAGGAAAAUGUUAUUUU